AUGGCGCGCCCUUCCAACUCCCAGGUCGACAUCCACGCGACCAAAGGCACGCAAUACCUGCCUGCGGGCACCAUGGCUCGCAUCCGUGACCUCUACCAAACGAAGCCGGACAGCAAAGGAAAGGUCUCCUGGACUACGACUUACCCUGAUGACCUCGAGGAGCCCCCAGAGAACGCCGAGGCGGCUCAGUAUGCUCUGAUUGUCCGUCAUACGAAAUGCUAUGACGGCCGAAAGAAGCUUCGCGUCGCAUCCAUGGUUAUCCAGAGCCCGCGGCUCAAACAGGUGCUGGGCAGGGUGUUUGACAAGUACCCAGGCGUCACCACCAGCCUCGAGCGCUUGGAAUUCGCCGCCCCUUUCAAGCCGUUCGUUCAUCGCUGGGAGAAAUUCAUCGAGGCACGUGCAAACGAGACUGACCCGGAGACCAAAGAGCAUGUCCAGCUUCUUUGGGCUGUCCUUGAGGAAGAGCUUCGCGACACCAUUGCCGAGAAGCGUGACCUCCUCUCCAAUGGCGUCAUCACUUACCAGGCUGUUUGGACCAUCUUCGAGCCCGGCGUCACCGUCUACAACAACGACGACGGCGUUGACCGCGCAUAUUCCCUGUCCGACGGCUCGUACUCCUGUGAUCCGCCACAGUUCAAUCUAGCCGUCAGAUCUAUCGACUGGGACGGCGAACAGUUUGGAUACGUCAACAGCUGCCUGGAAAUCCCUUGCUUUUCGGGAACCCGGCCCAUCACAAGCUUACCCGUUCAUCCUCUUCAUUACCAUCCAAACCUCAAGCAGGUGAAGAAAAGUCUGAUCGCUCGCGGCCGGCUUUUCGAGGCUUACAAAGGCUUUCACUUCAAGUCGUACGAAGGUGUUUGCGUGGGAUACGGCCCUUGGGGACCUACCCGAUUCAGCAUCAAUGGUCGCGUCAUCAUUGACACCUACGCCUUCAACCGCUUCAACCCGAACAAGAAAGUUCGCGUGAGCCGACUCAAGGCAGAUGACAUGCAGCCACUUGGCUCUUCCGACGAGUUCGACUCGGACUACGACGACUACUCGGAUGAUUCCGCGUCCGAUGAUGGGAUUGGAAUAACCGAGCCAUGGCCACCAAUGCCUGAAGGAAACACUGAUCUCUGCAUGGGAGAGGAGCAGUUCCUGAUAUGCACCGACAUUCUCCGGGGCUACUCUCUCAGGGACAAGAAGUGGAUGAAAUUCCCCAUUGGAGGCAUCAAGGAAAUUGACUGGAACGAGCAAGCCUUUGACUCGCUCGUUGCGCCGCCUGAACAGAAAGAUCUCAUUCUUGCUUUUGCUCAGACCCAGGCGAAGAACAAAGACUGCUUCGACGAUGUCAUCUCUGGCAAGGGCCGCGGAAUCAUCAUGCUGCUCUCUGGCCCACCUGGUGUUGGAAAGACGCUGACAGCCGAGUCGGUGGCCGAAGUCAUGAAGGUUCCCCUUUACGUAAUGAGUGCCGGUGACCUGGGAACCAAGCCAUCCGAGGUCGAAUCCGCACUCUCCAACAUCCUGGAGAUGAACACCAAAUGGAACUCCAUUCUUCUCCUCGAUGAAGCCGAUGUCUUCUUGGAAGCACGUUCCACACACGAUCUGGAACGCAACAAGCUGGUUUCUAUCUUCCUGCGGCUUCUUGAAUACUAUUCCGGCAUCCUGUUCUUGACGACCAACCGUGUCGAGAACAUUGACGCGGCGUUCGAGUCAAGAAUCCACCUCUCGCUUCAGUAUGAGGACCUGGACCUUGCUUCCCGCCGCCAUGUCUGGUCUUCGUUUGUGGAUCGCAUUGCAAACGCUGCACCAUUUGCAGAGGAAGAGCUAGACCGUCUGGCUGAACAAAACAUGAAUGGUCGCCAGAUCAAGAACGUUUUGAAGACCGCGCAGCUUCUGGCGACAAAGCAGGAGGAGCCGUUGUGUUUCACACACGUCAGCACCGUAAUCAGACUUCGGGAAGCCAACGCAUCGCUGAAGAAUGGCUUGACGAAUGGAAAGGCUUGA